AUACAAUUAUCUAUAUUGGCUAUAUUCAUUGCCAAUAUAUUAUAUAGUUGGUCAUUAGAAGGCAAGAAAGAUGUUGAUUGGAUACAUCAUCAUAUUGGUAUAUUCGGUGUCUAUAUCUUUAUUGCAUCAAUACUCUACUUUGCAGGAUUCUUUGUAAUGAUAUUACUAAGUUUCACUGACUUUUUAAAUGAUAACAAUAGUAAUAAUAACAUUAAUAAUAGUAAUAAUAAUAGUAAUAAUAGUAAUAAUAAGGAAAUUAAUAAGUUUACUAUACGUGCAAUUGCAUCUCUAUGUUUGAUAGUCACUAUUUUCCAAUUUUUAAGCGACACCGAUGCAUCACUUGAGCGUCAUGGUCAGUACAACCUAAUCAUCCUUGUUGGUAUCGAGAUCCUAUAUACAUCAAUAGCAUUAUUCUGGAUCAUUACAUUAAGAUUCUUUAAGUUUAGAAACAUUGUAAUAUCAUUGAUAGUUGUUGGAUUUGUGAUUGGUGCUGUGUUUCAAUCAAAGAGGACAGAGUCUGUUAGACGUUGGCCUGUUGGAAUUGAUGGCAAACAGUUUAUGUUCUCGGGUGAUAAGGGUCAAUGUCAGAUUAUAACAGACUUUACACCGUGGCCUGACUUUAUACCAAAGGGCUUCACAAAGUACUUGGUGGGCACACAGAGCUGUCCUCGUGACAAGCCCUUCUCGCAUCUGUCGGCCGAUCACAUGCUGACGAUUGAGUGUGGCGAUGGCGAGGAAGCUUCGUUCACACAGUCGCCAAACUUCUUCACCGCCAUGAAGGAGCACAAUACAUUUGGUCGUGAGCUGCGGCCACUCGACGAACUAUACUCGCCACAACAGACCGUCACACCCUACAAGGCAGGCGAACCAGUGAGAGUACUCGACGAGACUGUAGUGGCCACGUGUGGCCAGCGACAAGAGGUCCACAUGCAAAACGUAGCCAAGGACAAGGUGUUGGAGCGAGCAUCACAUUUUAAGCAGUCGACUGCGACUGCCGCGACAGGGACUGCGACUACAGCCACAACAGCCUCGACCAAGCCAAUCAAUAUAUUGUUUAUGAUGAUCGACGCGUUGUCCCGCGCACACUUUAGACGAGCUCUACCAAAGACAUUCGAUCGCCUGCAGGCGAUUCAAGACGCUGGACACUCGACCGUGUUCCAGUUCAUGCGCUAUCAUUCGCUCAAGCCCUUCACCGACCCCAACACAAUCGCCAUGUACACUGGCUACAACUCGCUCAACUACAAUCAUGAGUUUGACAGCGAGCUCGCCGCCAAGCACAAGCGGGCGCCACACGACUGGACUCGCGACCCGCUCUACUUCCAAUCGUUCAGGAACGACAGCUACUCCACCGCCUGGGUGUACGGCUUCUGCGAGGACUGGUUCCAAGCCUACCUCUUCAAGAACAAGCCGGCCGACGUGAUCGAUCACGAGCUGGUGUUGCCGUUCUGCUCGCCUGAGGCCUAUCCCCCACAGCAGCCUUUUGGCAACUUUGCCGGACCCUACUCAUUUAAGCGUCGAUGCAUGGGCAACGAGAUGAUACAUCGUCGCGUCUUUGACUACAUCAAUCAGUACUGGGACAACUACCGUACGGUGGGCAAGAUAGUGCACGCUACGAUAAUGGAUGCCCACGAGGGCACCAUGGAUGUCAUCAAGUUUGCCGACGACGCAUUCUCAGAUUUCGUCGGCGACGAGAUGGCCGCACGCUACAACGACACAUUCAUGAUUCUGGUCGGCGAUCACGGCUCACACAUGGGACCGUACUAUCUUUGGGCACCUGGUGGUCAUGUAGAAGUGGCCAUGCCUGCUUUAUACUUUGUGCUACCCAAUUGGUUCUUGGCAGCACAUCCCGAAGUCAAGACCAUGUUAUUGGCCAACGAGAACAAACUGUCGACACCAUUCCUGCUCUACGACACAUUACGAGCAUUCUCCAAGUAUCCAGAGUUUGGAGGCAUUGAUCUACAAGACAUCCACGAUCAAAGGACAUCAAAAGGACUACUCUCUACCAUACCAGACGAUAUAUCCUGUCAAGAUCUUGGUAUACCCUAUGACUUUUGUCAAUGU